CAACAUGGAGAAAUAUGUGAAUUUGUUUAAACGACAUGUGAUCAAUUUCAAGUUGGAACUAUGUUGCUUCAUGGCGCCAGUGAAAUCUGGUCUGUUGGCGUUCGCUUGUUUACAUAUUGUGAUCGGUGUAUCAACACUGAUGUUUUUCGCCGAAGAGAGUUUCGAACCCCUACUGCUCAAGGUCCUAAACGGCAUUUCUGAGGAGCCUCCUAAUUACGGACCUUCGUGCAUGAUUGUCUACGCUGUCGAACUAGGCUCUAACGUAGUGCUGUUGUGCGGUAUAAUACGGAACGACCUCAUACUGCUUCGUGUGUACAUGUACUUCGCCUUCGGAGUCCUAACGGCUGCGCUAAUGGCUUACUCCGUGAUGUUCCCACCUCAAGAACUAACCAUGAAGUUCCUCAUUGCCGCCAGUAUUGGACACCAAAUCUACAUCCUCCUGUUACUGCGUAGCGCAAUGAUCGAAAUAAAACAGGCUUUAAAACAAAACGAGAACGAUUACUCGGUCAGAUAUCGAAAAACCAGCGUUAGAUAUGUACCGGGCACAAGAGAUAGGUACAGUGUUGUUAUCGAACCUUACAGACGACGGUCAGUUCAUCCUUAUGACAGAGAGCCUUAUAGACGAAGCAGCUCGUUGGUUCCUUUUGGUAGAGAACCAUACAGAGGUUCAUUAGUACCUUAUAAAGAAGAACCCAGACGGCAAAGUUCAUUACCUUCUGUAGACCAAGAAAAUGUAAUAGCCGAGGAAGAAAAGGCAACGGUUAUAGCAGUUUCGCCAACGAAGGAAGUUGCCGAUAAGGAAGAGGCAACGGUUAUAGCACAUUCGCCAGCGAAGGAAGAACUUGUUAAGGAGGUUGCCGAUAAGAAAGAGGCAACGGUUAUAGCACAUUCGUCAGCGAAGGAAGAGAUCGCUAAGGAAGUUGUUGAUAAGGAAGAGACGGCUAAAAAAGUGAAGGGGGAGGGGAAGGGAAAGGAAGUGAAACGUAAGCGUAGCUUCUUUGGGAAGAAAGAGAAGGUGAAAAAAGACGGAAGUCAGAAUGUGACAAACGUUGAUUGA